UUCAGUAGCACUCGAUAGCUCGAUCAAGGUCAAGAUUUAGACGAGCACCCAGGAGCAACGAUAAGACGGCUGUCCUUCUAAUGGAGGCUGGCACGUCGUCCUCCUCGCCCUCGUCAUCAUCGCUCUCCUUUGUGCCGCGCAGAGUGGCCGGGACGAAGAGACGAGGAACCGGCCUCGCAUCAAAAUCACGGCCACCACCACCCGCAGUCGCAGCUCCUGGCGAUGUCGACGUCGACUUUCCCUCACACGUCCUCCUCCAUGCCACUUUAUCGCUCAAUCUCCCCACUGCAGUCGUAAAGGAUUCACAGCGACUAGCAAAGCAGAUCGAUCGGUUCGUUCGGAGGAGGCUGGAACGCAUCGCCCCACGCAGCGUUGACUACGUCGCUGUGAGGCGUCUCACCCGUAGCGAAGAGAUCGACGAGAGAGGCCAAGACGGGGACAAUUCAACGGCGAAGAUGACAGUCGAGUGUAACAUCCGCUGCUCCUCGCCCCUCGCCGCUCGUGCGCUCAUCGACAAGCACGAACAUAGUCAAAAGGCAGAACCGCCAGCAGACCAUCUUCAUCGGCAUCGUCGCACCCCUGCAGCAGGCCUCACAGCUCUUCGCCCUCUAACGCCCUCUGAGCAAAAAGCCGUAUGGCGCUACGAGGUGCCUAGCAAAGUCAAAUCGCGGGCUCGCCGGCGUGUAUCGCGACGCCUGAAGCAGGAGAAGGAAGAGAGGGGCGACGCUGCUGCAGUGACAGAUGUAAGAUAGAAGAGUUGGAUUUGGAUUUGAUCAAGCAUUUUAGCAAAUCCGUCUA